CUGACAGUAUUAAUCUAACAGUAAGGUCUUCCUGUUCUCAAAAAACAGUUACUGUGACUGGACAGGUAGUCACAAUGAAGAUGAUAGGAAAGCUUUCUUGUCAGUAACUGCUGCCAUCUUUUGUGUAAAAUAGAUUUGAAUGGAACAAGCUGCUGAAAAAUGUGCAUUGUUUGAUUGUCAGUAUGACAAGAACAGACUGGCAAGAUGCUUAUGUGCUCAGUUUUGAUUGAAAAGAAAUGUGGGAACGAGCAAACAGGGAGCACAGAGGAAGCAGCUGGUGAGAGCAGUAUGUUUGUGUCGAAGAGAUGCUACAUUCUGAAGACCUGUGGUACCACCAUCUUAUUACAAGCAAUGGGACCCCUUUUUGAGCUGGCACAAACAUAUUGUGGCUUUGACACCAUUGAGAUGGUGCGGCCUAUUGUAUGGGAUGUAUUCAUUCCGACUGCUGAACCUGACUUCUCUUAUGUAGGCUUUGAAACUAAUCUCGCUUUGAACUCUUACACCAAACUGAUUAAAAAGGUUGCGGACAUCUUCAAGCUGGAGAAGUUUGUUACAACACUGUUUGCGAACCAGAGUUUGAAAUGUCACAUCUCCUGUUCGGCACCUCCAGCCGUGGAUGGAUUCAAGCGCAAAGAUUUGCUGUACGCUCAGUUCAACAACUACAGCUUUGUAUUUGUGAGUUACGUCAAGCAUUCACUUCACAGCAGAGGAGAAACCAUCCCAGCUGCACAGAGUGAAACAUGAAUUACUGCAUCAAUUACAGUCAUCUGUUUGUAACAGCUUGCAUGUCAUAGUUAAAAAGGAUGGAGAAACUGAGUAUGAAUGUACGAAUUUGGAGCAGGAGUAGGUCACUCAAACCUGCUGUACCAUUCGAUGAGAUCAUGGCUGAUCUCUCUACUCCACCUUCCCGGCGUGCCUCCCUAAGCUUUUACUGUCUUGCCAUUGCAGCCAGACUCUGAAGAUGAAUCAUAUCAGACUUGGGAUGUUAACUCUGUAUCUCUCUCCACAGUUGCUGCCAGACCUGCAGGAUUCUUCAAUGUUCUCUCUGUUUGUUUCUGUGUACAGUAACUUGUGCAAUAUUGUUAAGGUAAUAGCUUUGUACAAUACGCAGCGAUUUGGUGCACACGAUUUUCAUUGAUAGAUUUUAAACUUGAAACAUUUAAGACUUACUUAAAAAAAUUAGAGCUAUACUAUUAGCAAAACUGUUGUAUAAAAGUCAAAGCUGAAAUUAACUUCCUCCAUCUAAUAAGUUAUAUGCUCUGGGAAAACACAUUUUGUAAACAAAAUUCCAGGUCAUCUCAAAAAGCAUUGAAUAGUAUUCAUCAUCAUGAAUAAAUACUUUACAAUAUUAUA